AUGUCCAUGACAUUACCAAUGCGGAUGAUGGAUGGAAUGUCCACUUCCUUGCCACGCCUAGCGCUGUUCAUUUUGCUAGCCUGUUACAGCUCGACGGCAGCAACAUAUAAUAUCGGGUUCUUCUUUGCGGGCGUUGUCAAUCCACCUCCCGGAGACACAAGUGUAUUCGAGUAUCCCACCUUUGUGCACCAAGAUCUUGACCAAUCAGUUCCCACUCCUCCACCAACUGCAUCGACAGACCAGGAGGAACGCCCUAUCCUGCGCUUCCACACCGUCCGGCACACGUCUUGCAGUCUACCUCCCAGCGCAUCGCUAGCAUCUCAUAUUCAAGCUAGCUGUGCGCAGCACAUCCCUCAACCCAUCCGCCGCCGAGAUCCGCGAUAUGUCCCUCCAAAGAAGACCUCGUGCAACCCCCUAAUUUCCCACCUCCCGUUCCGAAGAACCGUGCUAGCACGCGGCGGCUCCCAGUCCCCCUCCCAUCACUCCGCGUCCGGCUUUGUGUCGCUGAAGAAGAACAUAUGGGCCGACGACAACGACGCGAAUGAAGAGGAGGACUUUACCAACAUGAUCGCACCACCAGACACGAACAUUGCGCCCGACUUAGCUCGGCAAACCAUCGCCGCCUUCCGCUCGUCCUGCCUCGUCGCGGCCCGCCAGUGCGCCGUGUCAGGCAAAGGCCAGUCGUGGUGCAGCAACCCAGCCGCCGGUCCGGCCCUACAGACGUGUCAUAUCAUUCCACAGGAGCACUACCACCUCUAUCCCGACGUCGACACUGAAGACGACGACAACAACAUCGAGUACGGCCUCUGCCGCCUGCGGACUGCAUGGCAGCGCACCUGGUCAGCAGACAACAGCAUCCUCCUGCUCAGCCACCUACACGAGCUCUUCGACGCGCGCCUGUUCUCCAUCCACCCAGACACUUUCCAGGUGCGCGCCUUCGUGCCGUACGACGUCGUCUGCGAAUACCACGGUCGCAAGGCCCGGCUGCCAGUCAGCGUCGACCAGGCUGUGCUGCGUCACCAUUACGAGAUGUGUUGCAUCGAGAACAUAGGCGCCAAGAUGCCACUAAUGGAGCCCGCUUCGGUGACUAAUGCGGGGAUGGGUUCCUUGGGCAUAACAUCGCUGUUUAUGAGGGCUGACAAAGAGCUAGCAUAA